AUGGACACAAGAUCCCCUCCAACAAACAAACGAAAGCGAGGACGCAAUUUAGGUGCGGAAGAUGCUCGACAGAAAGACAAUGACGAAGCUUUCGGCAGCUCCCAAUUGUGUGAAGUCUGCGGCGAGGUUUCGUCGGAGGGCUGGUCUUUUCUUCCGAAAAAGGCCCAAAAUGCUGAGGACGACUACCAAAACAACGAUAGUGGACGAAAAGAUCGGUCUCCUCAGUGUGUGUCUGUCUGUCGGACUUGCCAGGAAUUUUACCAGCGCAGUGUCCAGUCGAAAUCACAUCUCUUCUACAUUUGUACGAACAACAGGGAUGCUGCUAAAGUUCGUAGAAAAUCCCGAACUAGUCACCGUAAUCUAAAUUUGAAUUCAUCAAACGUCGGGUUGGGCCGCGAAAGAGGGUCCUGUCCUUUAAAUACGGCCAAGCAACAGCAGCAUCAAUUACGAGAACAGCCCGAAAAGAUCCCUUCUUCUUCUCCUCAAUCAGCGAAUCCAGAUAUUUCCUUUAAAAAUAAAAACAACAGUCUAGCACAAAAAUCUUCAAAAGAAAUGAAUCCCUCCGUAAGUGGGAACAACGGAGAAACUAAAAAGCCUGGAACGAUUCUGCAAUCCGAAGGAAAGCGUAACCAACCAGAGAAAAACCAGGUUGCUUUCCCUGGCAUCAAUACACAAAAAACGCAAACCUUUACCACUACAACAAGCCAUAGUGUGGGUCAGCUUCACCCUCAUGCAAAACCCCGACACGUAAGUUCUGUUGAAGUUGGUGAAAAAGGGUCUGUGGUUAUAAAAGGCCCUCAACAGCCACCAUCACAACAAAAGAAGGGGUCCUUUUUGGUACAAAAACAACAGCAAAAAUCCUUUUCUUCUCAACACAACAAUGGAAAAGGAACCAGUAAGAAUCUUACUAACGAAAAUUCAAACAAACCGAAAACUACUUCCAAGGAUCUAGCAACAAGGAAAUGUGCUGAACUGAAGAGUAAAGGCCCAAUCAUGGUCAGUGUCAGUGAAUGUGUAUGCCAGGUCUGUGGUGACUCUGCAUCGACAUUCCACUAUGGAGUACUUACCUGUCCCGACUGUAUGCUUUUUUUCCAACUAAGUAACAAAGAUGACUUUUCUGAGGGUUACUCUUGCAAACAGAAACGGCAUGAGGUUACCAAGAAAAAUCGGGGUCGCUGUGAGUACUGCUGGUACAAGAAAUGCAUUCACAUGGGCAUGUCAAUGGAUAAACCGGAGGUUGGGGAGACAGUCCGUUGUAUUAAAACAGAACCACGACCCCAGCAGCAACAGGUAACAGCCCACCGAGCAAAAGACCUGGCUGUCAAUGCAAAAAUGCCUGGCCAGUGGUAUGUGUGGCUCAUCAUCACCGCAACAGCAGCAACAAAGAAAGCAGACCUCACCACCAGUUCUUUUGCCAAAGAAGGCUUUGAUCAGUGA